UAUUACUUAAAAUUUUUGCGACUGAUUUUUCUGUUGUAACCAAGCAGCAAAAGGCUUUACCAAAAACAGGAACUUAUUAAGUAGUCAAAAGAUGUUUUUGUCAUAUAAUGCUAUACAUUUUACUUUGAUACAAUAUGCAGUUCUCUGGAUGUAUUGUAUUGUAUUUUACAAAAGCAGACUUUCAGCUUACUUCUACUUACUUAUUAAAGUUGACUUUCUGUUUACUUCUCUUUGCAUCUAUUCACCUACUAUUCCUCCAAAUAUACUAAGCAAAUGUGACUCUGUAGCAGCUUGAUGAUUCUUGAAAGCAGAGGUCUGCUUACUAUGUAUGCUCAGUUUCUGUGAAAACUUUUUCUCGGCUUUGGUGUUAAAUUCUGAAAAGUCUUGUUAACAUCAAUACUAGAAGGUAUUGAAAAGUUUUUAUGAUAAGAUGCCCAAAGAAAAACACAGUGAAACAUCGAAAAAUGGAACCCUAAAAGGACAGCGCCAAUGAACGGGCACAUAAUUUUGUUUCUAUUCAAGUAACUAUGUUUUGUCCCAGUGUUUCUUUCUGGCUGUGAAGGCCUGUGCAAACAAACUUCGGACAGCAGUAGUUGCGAUACAACGGAUGGUAAUAGCUAUGAUCUUUCAAGUGGUCAUCAUCAAGGUGGUUAGUCUGAUAACCAGGCCAUUUAUUCCGAGGGGUCUUGUAACAAGGCUAAAAUAUAAUUCUUUUAGCCGAUCUUAUGGCCUUAACUAUGCGCCCCAAGAAGACAACACACCACAUCCUUUGCUUAUUACGCAUGUCGGUUGAGUGUGGUACAUUAUCCAAAGAACGUCAAUAUAAUGAGCGAAUGAAUUAAUUACUAAAAUGAAAAUAUUAAAAUAUCUAACAAUUUUGGUCAUCUUGGUAAGUAAUUUAUACGUUCAUUUUAUUGUCGUUGUUUGCUAGUACGCUUUGAAUGAAAGCUAGCUCGUGAAUUUUCUCUCAAUAAAUUUUGAGAGGCUACAGUAAUAUGGUUGCUUGUCUUUGCUGUUUUGUUUUCAAUUUGCUCUCUUCUUGAUUAUAGGUUAGAAGUGUAGGUAACGCGGGUCCAAUGAAUGAAGCAUAACUUUUUACCAUAUCUGGUAGAUUUUCUUCAAGUUCACGAAAUUUGAAGAAACUUUCACCAUACACAGGCUUCAAAUUUAAAUAGUUUUCAGUGCAUUGCUCGUGGGCCUCACUUUCAGGUACUUACUCCUAUUUCAAUUUCUUAACUCUCUCUUUCUCUCUCCUUGAGAUUUCUACCUAAGACUAUAGAAAAUGGCAUUUAUUCUAGUCUCAUUACAAAAAACACAUCAUUUGCUGUUAGAUACCUGUUAAUUUGUUUAAAACCUGUCCGUAAGGUGCGGCCAUUCUUCGACAUCGCCCACCCAAGCCUCAUAUAGUGUGGUAGACCUAUCGCAUUCAUUGAAUGAUAAAAAAUACAUGAAGGCUUGUGAAUUUGCAAACCUUUCAGUUCAGGCUUUGGUGUUUCUACGAAAAUUAUAAUGGCUCAAACGAAAAAAUACUGGCUUUUACUUAAUAGAGUUUCUUUACAAAAAAGCUUCUUAACUAAAGGCAAUACACAACUGCAAUUUUAAAUAUUUAUCUAUUCUUGAAGCUAUUACUAGGUACAAAAAUCGUAUGUUUUGGCAUAAGAACUAGAAUAGAAAAGGCUAUCCAACUGAGAAAAUAGAGCAAUUUACUGCGUUUGCAUCACCGCUCAAAAACCCCAAGCCACAAACUCAGUGUGAUAGCAUCAUUAGCCAUUUCAAAGCGUAUUUUCAAUCUUCUCAUCAACUGUACAUUGCUAGUACCGAUGUUUGAAUAAAGCUACAUUGUAUUCCAAACACGCACAUUUUCUUCGAGUACUGGGCUUGAGCUUGAAAAGAUGACGCGAGGAGAGAAAGCAAAUAACUCGAGUUAUAAGUUUGAUCCCAUUGAAAACAUCGAUAAAAAUGAAAAGGAAAGUUAGCAUUCAUAUACUGUGUAUUUAAAUGAAAAGAAACUAAAGAGGAAUAUCCGGUACCAUUGCUUUUCUAUUUGAGCAUCUUGUAGAUUUAUUGACAAUUCUAGAUAUUGAUAUUAAAUAUUCAACGCCCAGUUGUAAACAUCUUUUUAGCUAACAGGUUUCAAAAUCAAAUAUUUCUCCAUGUUACUCAAUUCUUAUAAGGAAAUUUCAUUAUGCUCUCUGUAACAAACGCUCGUGGCUGUCAAGCAAUCAUUCAACAAUAUGUCAUUUGGUUUUCUGCAUUCUCGAACUAAGUUCUUUUUACUCGAACACGAGGCUCUUCAACGAUAAGAGAUGAAAAAUUGCAAAUGAAAGCUUCCCAACUGACCACACUGCGCUCUAAGUAUCUUAGCAAGAGCCUCUUGAUAUUACUCCUUCGCAUGGGACAAAAUGCACUUCAAAAUUUGCCCUAUUUAAACCUAUCAUCUCAUAUGACCUCUUGUUUAAUUCUGUCACGUCAAAAAGUGCAAUUGUAGCUUAUACAAGCAUACACCUCACAAAAAGGAGUAAUUCUUACUCAUUUCAAAAUUUGGGGCUUUUCAAUGCCUACUUUUGUUGAUGCCCAAUUUCUAAGGACAUGUUUCCCCUUAUUGGUCCAUUAUUGGUAAGGAAUUUCUCAUCUUUGAUAGAGUAUCUGUCUUUUUAUUACUAUCAUUUAAAUUUCUAGUUUAAUAAUAAUUAUUUAAAUUUAAAUUUCAAUUUUUAUAAUUUAAAAUUUAUUAUUUCAAAUGAUAGCCAGGUUAUUAAAGGCAAUCUGUCACGACGUUGAUUGCUUAUAAGAACAAAGGGAUUUUUAUUGUUUCCAGUCCCCCUUUAAUUUAUCGCAUUGUAAAAAAUAUGGCAGAGCGCUGGAAUCGUGUUUAGGCUAUUGUUCCAGCUAUUGCUCUUGUUAACCAAUCCACAACGAGACAGAUUGUCCUUAAGUGAAAAAUACUCCAAUGAGGAAAGUCGAAGAUGGCCAUUUACUCAUUCACAUGAAACAUAAAAUUAAACGACUAAUGCUUAACAGUGUUACAUGUGAACUGAUCUUGAGACAUUAGGAAACAGACCUCCCUCCCUGCAGUGAAAUUGAGCAUCCAAGGGUUUGUUGCCAAACCAUCAACCUUGGUCUGUCAGAAUCUCAAAUAGAUGGCCUAGACAGUUUAGGGAAGUUGCUACUUAAAGAUAUAAAUGUAUUGAAUAUCGAUAUUAGACACUGAAACUCUAAGGCAAACAGAGCACCUCUUCACGCGCCUUUUAGAGUGAUUUAUGUAUCGUCCACCCACAAAGACAGGCUGAAAAAUAUCUUCUAUCUGCUGAAACCUUCUCUUUGAUUUAACCCUUUUCACUUAAUGCCUACUUGAAUUACCGCCUCUUAGACCUGCAUAUCAUUUCACACGGAUUUUCUAUCUAACCAUAAUUCGUUUUCAGUUUGUAUUUCUAAGUGCAGUCAAAUCAUCGAAAGAUCACAUGCUAAUAGCCUCAUUAUUAAUGUACUUUAUCUUUUACCUCGUGUCAGCUCAACACCCAUCCAGAAACAUCGUUUGUAAAGAAUAUCACUUACAGUUGGUUUGUACAAAGCCACGCGAGAUUGAGCUGUCUGCAGAAUGUCUUUCACUUGCAUAAAAUCCUCUCAGGAAGACUCAGCCCCAGAGGCUGUGUGUUGAUUUAAAUCUAUAAAAGGAAGGAAUAUAAGGUUUUCAUCUUACCAAUGUAAAGGCUUUUGCACAAGUGUACAGGAAACAACACAAAAACUUAAAUUUUUCGCCCAAAUUUUCGACUUAUCUAGCCCAUUUCUCUAUCCCUUUUUGCUCAUUUUACACUAUUUGAGCACGCUAAAACCAUACAAUUUUGGAGCAGAACUCAGGCUUAAAAACGCUCGACUGCCGCUCUGGAUUUUCAGAAACGUUGGAUUGGUUUUUGCGAUGAAAAAUACCUUUUGCAAAUAAAGUAAACAGUGACGAAUUGGAACGAUACCUAAAGAGCUUCAAUAUGUCAGCUGGUAUACUUAACCAUUCAAAAUCAUAAUGAUGGCAUUAAUGAUGAAAAUUGACAAUAAUAAAAACAACAACACCAACGACAGCAACAGCAACAGCAACAGGAACAACAUCAACAACAGGGACAACUACAUAAACAGUCUUUGUGGAGAAAAUAAAGUUAUAAAUUUUUCAUCAAACCAAAAUAAUUUGAGUGAUUUAAUAUAAAUGGAAUAUCCCUUAAGCUCAAAAUCUCAUCUAACUUUAAAAUUUAGACUUGAGUAAUUCUUGUUAUAUUCAGCAACAUUUGUAUACACUCAUUGUUUAUAAGAAACAAACGUAGACGUUGAGUUUUCCCGGGAAAUUUCAAUAAUUUUUCUGAAUUGUGAUGUAAUUGAUUUUAGCAACUGAGGUCCUUUAAUUAAUUUUCAUGCUGAAAGAUUUUCAAACGAAACCUUGUUGGGGACAUUUUUGGUUAAAGUACUUAAGUUUCUUAAUUUUUAUUUUGACUGCCCAGUACCCGUUCUGUUUCUUAUUGCUAUUGCCUUAGGUACAAAAAUGUGGAGGGUGUGCGUUGUCCUAUAAUACGUAAAAUAAUUUUUUUAUGCUAGCACUUAGUUCAUGUUCUUGAUUCUGUUAUCCGUGUUCUUGUUGAGCAGACAAAUUUUGGCUCUCAUCAAAGUCUUGCAAGCUUUUAGAAAAGAUUUUCCGAGGAAGAAAAAUCCCUGAAGAAAAUUAACCAUUUUAAUGAGUAGCUAUGGUGCUUGACCUCCUCGAUGUCUUGCAAAGAAUGUCCUUUUUCGACGAAAAUAUUCUUUGUUAACCAGUACUAUAUAUAAGUGACAAGAGUUUUGAGAAAGCAGUUUGAUGAUGCAUAUUAACAGCUGUAUGUUUAAAAGUGUCUUCCUUUUAUACCAUGCAAAAUAAUGCGGGUUGUAUCACUCUUUCGAAACUGCAUACAAGAAUAAUUUCGUGGAGUGAUAUGCACCAUGGAGCAGAAUGCACUUUAUUCGGAUUCCCUGUUCUUACUUGACAUUUAUUCGGAUUCCCUAUCAUAAAAUUUCCUUUAAACUAAUCAUGAGAUUUCCAAAUGUCGAUAAUACCAGGUGUAUCUGUGAACAUUGAACUGAUUUAAACCAAUGGUCAUUAACCCAAAACAAAUUGAAAAGCACCUAUUUCCUGUUCGAAUGGAAAACUCAUUUCGAUUGACUAGGUGUUGAAUUCUCUUAGCGUCAAGUUUUUGUAAUUUCUAAAAACACAGCUUUUUGCACUAGGUAUUAAUAAUAUGAAUCAAAAUCACAUAAAAACUUAAAAGGCUAGACACUGAUCCCGUGCUUAGUUCCUUUGGUAAAAUUCGUAUAUCAUUAUUAGCUUAGCCAAUCGCUACGUUGAUCCCCGUGCGCAAUGUGACAAAGACAUACACAGUGACAAUAAAAUCUUGUCAGAAACAAGUCAGUUGCUCCAGGUGAAGCGACAAUCAGGCCCUGAUACUAAAUAUCUGUGGUUGUGUGCGGUUAUUUCGAACGCCUCCAAUCACUCAUGAAGUAAUCGAUUAGCCAUAUUGUUAAGAUCUUGUAAAAAUCAUACUCUUAAGCUGCCAAUCAAAGAACGAUGCUUGAGUGCGAGGGACUUGAAUUGCUUUACACUUGAAGUGGAACAUUGCGAUGCUUUUAUUCGGGGGCAAGAGCUGAAGACAGGAUUGGCACGAAUCUUCGACAACCAAUUUAUAAUCACUGCAAAGCUUACUGAAUUAUCUGAACAUACGGCGAGGAAAAUAUGAGCAGCCGAGAAGACUUACCAGGUGACGCUUUGGAAGAAACUGUUAUUGAGGCUAAUGAUGCUGCAACUUUGAAGCCGUUUUCGUCUCCACAAGUGGCGCUUGUAUGUGAGUCACUGCUUAACACAGGACAGAUUGAUCGACUUGGUCGAUUUCUUUGGGCGUUGCCGUCAGAAGAUACAGGCAUAAACAAGGACGAAAGUGUUUAUGCAAAAGCUGUAGUUAGUUUUUAUCAAAAUAAUUUUAAAGAAGUAUAUUCAAUUUUGGAAGGGCGGAGAUUUUCGAAGAAGCAACACGAGCGGCUGCAAAGUUUAUGGAGAACAGCUCAUUACAUUGAAGCUGAACGUCAGCGCGGUAGACCGCUUGGCGCUGUCGGAAAGUACCGCAUACGGAGAAAGUACCCGUUGCCACGCACCAUCUGGGAUGGAGAACAGACAACGUACUGUUUCAAAGAGAAAGCGCGGAGUGUUUUGAGUUCAGCGUACGAGAAAAACCCUUAUCCAUCAGCAAAGGAAAAGUAUGAGCUGGCCAAGUCAACAGAUCUGACUGUCACCCAAGUCAGCAAUUGGUUUAAGAACAAAAGGCAGAGAGUGCGGGCCGCUGAGCAUCGUCAAAGGACCAAAGACUGCAGCAACGACAAGGAAAUUGCAACAGAUAGAUCAACAGCUCAAGGGCGGUUACUCAAUUUCAGUACAGAUGAACUUCAAAGUCAUUUUCCUUAUUUGUGCAGAUCUAUAUAUCCAUGUUCAGCUUCGUCACAAACAUUACCUUUGCAACCAGUGCCACGAUGGUUUCAAACUCCCUCAGCUCCAUGCACUUGUAACUGCGACUGUCUUAAAUCAAGGCCAGUGUUGAGGAGCGUAGCCUCUACGCAUUUACAGUGAUUCAAUUAUUUGCACAUUUUAAUGUCGACCCGUUUUGCAAUAGCAGUAACUGAAAGAGCGCUCUCACGGGCUCUCUUCUUGUAAUUCCUACUAGCUCAUUACAAAAUGAACUUUCUUUGGCUAAAUCACCAUGAUAUGUGUGAAUUCUGAUACCCGAAGCAAAUCUUUCUAUGCGUUAGUUGUUGAGUACGCCCAAGUCCUUAUUGUAAAUCUAAUAGAAACUUUGAUUCAUCUCAGGUUGUAUAUGAUUGAAAAGCAACCUUUAGAGUCAACUCAAAUAAAGCUAGAGAAACCAUGUUAGGACUUCUACAUAAAUGUACGAUGCUACCGGAUAACUUGAGUUCGCUACUGGGUUGGUAAUUGCAUAAAGGGGUGCGCGGCUGGGGCUGUAUGAAAAAUGUUGAUUCAUAUAUAACAAAAUAAGUCGUAGAGAUUUUUAGCUUCAUCAAAAGAAUACCGAAAAGCAAGGUUUCAAGCCCUCUUCUCCUCAAAUUUUAAACAGCCAUUCUUUACUUUUUCUCUAAAGAUUUUAAUGUUUGCUUCUGAAGAAUAUUGUAAUAAAGUGGAUUAAGGCUGUACAUAUAAUUUCAUUUUUGUGUGUCUGUUUAACUGUCUUUUCAUUAAAGGCUCUUGUGCAACCGGCAUGCCUUGCGUCUAUAAAACAAAAAGAACCGGCCUAAUGUCAUGCUGCAUGAAAAUACAAAACACAGUCAAUUUCCUAAGACAACUGCCGCUAAGCAUGUCGGUUGCGCAAAGGCCUUUAAGCAAAACACUUUGUUGUUCAUUGAGACUAUCCAUUAAUAUAUGGAAUACGGUAAAUAAACCAAAAAUGUUCUAUAUGAUUGUGUAAUUAAAUUACUGGAAUCUGUAACUAAAUGGUUAGAAUCGAUAUGUUUGCACAAUGCAUUGCGUCUUACUGCUUCGAUGUCUUCUUACAUUUUUGUAUUUACAAUAUAGGGUUUUUGAAGCUAUUUGGCAGGAAUUGGCCCUCACCUCCCCUCUUAAUUGAAAUUCAGAAACGCUUAUAAGCCCUUUUUCAUUAAUCAUGAUUAAGUAUUUAAGCAAUUUGCACUUUUUGUGCUUGAGCAUCAAAACCUUACUUGCCCUUUCGAACGAAAAAAUUAGUUCUGCCUGCUACUGACGCUGCUCACGCUACAACGACGGGUGCUACGAGUAUAGUGAGGCAGUAGCAACACAGAGGCUCAUGGAGUAAUACUAUGUCACGUUGAUAACAACAAAUUCCAAUUGCUUAAAAUCUUAGCGCGUUUUUAUUCUUUGUAUUUCUUCAACAGUGAGUCAAAUAGGAACCAAAUUCAAAAAUGAGUUUUCAAUACUUUGCUUCAUUUACAUAGGAUAAUUGUAUAUAUCUAUGUUAAGACUUCGUUAGUCGUGCAAAUACCAUAAAUAUGUUACAAUAUAAUUUUGCUAGUUUUUUGUGCUAAUUUUUGCUAGUUGAAACUUGAAGAAUUAGUUGGAAUUUGUCAAAUUUUAAACAGAUCGAAAAAAAGUUAACCUUACAUUCUAUGUUCUACUGUUUCACAUGUUGCCAUAGAUAUUUUUUGCGACUGAAAGUUUCACGAUUCUUACGAAUCUUGACUACAACAGAAAUGAUAGAUUCUUAGCCAGCUUAGAUACAAUGACUAAAAUAUCCCUACACGUGUUCAGAAAUUGAUGAGGAGAGGCUAUCUAUUUUUGAGAAUACGAUUUAACCGGCCUAAAAAUACGAUUUCAGAAACCGGACCAGGGCCCAGGAAAAGAUAAAAAAUUCGAUGUUUUCAUGUAUAAGACGCACCCUAAAAAACAAAACCAUUAACAGUUUGAAAAAGGGUGCGCCUAAUACGCGCCCAAAUACGGUGGUACGGUAGGUUCUUUCCUUCAAAAGAAGACAAUGAGAUGAUUUUAGAAAGGCAAAGGAACUAUACAGAUCACGGCUCUGCUUGAAAACCAGUUAGUAAAUUGACUCUGAUAGAAAAUGGCUUGGUAGCAAACGUCUUUCGACUGCCCAGUGAAUUUUAGAAAAUAAUGAUUGCAUUUUUCAAAAGCAUGAUGCUGUGGGUUUUCUAGACAAGUUUAAAACAACUUUGUUUAGCUGUGGAUGGAAUCUACGAGCCGCAAAAGAGCUAGGAGGCACAAACGAUCCUUCAUACGCCCGAUAUUCAUCAGGCCAGACUUCUUUUCAGUAUUUAAGAAUUUACAACAGAGGUAGCGCCAGAAAUCUUCCGAAAGAAGGGUUGGAGCUUCCGACAGGGGAGCUAGAAUGACUAAAAUAUGCAGUUUUCGUACUUUUUUGUCAAAUUCGCUUUGAUGAUAACCUAAUAACUUCCUCUAAUGAGGGGGGGGGGCUAGAUGCUUCCCACAGCGGGGUUAUAGCCCCCUAGCCCUCCCCUGGCGCCACCACCGGUUACCAUGACUCUUGUUUUCAAAAGACAGUUGCUUU